AAGGACAUAUCCGGAAGCUAUCGAGCUUAGGGUCCUAAACUUGAUUAUGUUGGAAUUGACUUUAUGAAACUUAUAUUGAUUAAAUUACAGAAUUACACACGUCAUUGGAUUAGUUUGGUAAAUGUUAUUGUAUUUGAAACUCCCACUUACAAAAUAAAUAAAGGUUGCUAUAUUCCUGGUAUACGUUAUUAUUUCAUAGAAAUAAAAUUAUAUACCUAUUUAGAUUAUUUAUUUAGGAAAAUGUAAACCAACCAAGUUUUCUUCUGAUAUAUUAUUUUAUAAAACAUAACGGAAUAUUAAAAAAAAAAGCUCUUUGAAGUUUAAAAAAUAAUCGUUAUUAAAAGCGAAUCAAAUAUGCCUUUGAGUCAAAGAGCUCUUUGUAACGGGGUAAAGUGCAUUUAUCUGUCGGGGGCGGAGGCAUUGCAACAUCAAAGGGACAUACAUCAAAGGUCCUGCUCUCCUACCAUAAUAUAUAUAAUGCGGUGUCGACUGUGGAGUUCUCUGUCAAAGUUGCUUUGUUCUUUGGCCUUUCCAAAAGCUAUCUCCGUUGUUGGUCUUUGAUGUCCGUCCAUCUCCUUUUACUUAUAUAUUUGGAGUGAGCCAGCCCGCCAGUUUCAGUCGCGUCACAGUCGUCGUUCGUGCGAUAUGUCCGCCGCGCCGCUAGGAAGUAACCGACGAUGAAGAUGAAAACUAGAAGGCAAGUCCGUAUAAAAAAACCAGCCAAAGUUCGAAUCGCUAGCGAAGCUGAUAUUAUUAAAAAGCUGGAAAUUUGGUACACACGAUGGACGAAGAGUAUUGGGCGACCUCUUACUCCCUUAAACUUGAAGAAAAAAACCAUAAUGAUAUUGAAAACGCUCAAAGUUUCUGCAGAUGUCAUAUCUAUAAUCACGCUAGAUUGGAUUAAAAAGUUCAUGAAGAAUCGAGGUAACUUGGAAGGAUACAAUGAUGACGAAACUUAUGCUGGACUAUUAAUUCCUUUUGAUGUCAAUGGUAUUCCUGAUGUUACAUUGGACACCACCGUAAAUCCAGACCGAAAAGUGUGGCUACUAAUGGCCGGCAACAAAAGUGGAAGACACAGGACCAGAGUAUUAGUUAUAGGUAAGAGAUGGAGACCUCCUUGUAUGGAAACUGUGAAUAUGUUGGGGCAACCUGUGGUAUACGCAGGAGGAGGUGAUGGUUUUCCUACACAAGAUUUGUUCAAAUGGUGGUUUGAGACAGAAUUUUGUCCAGCUGCUCUGUCUAUCAAUUCAAAAGCCGUAUUGGUUAUGGAUAAAGCAUCUUUUAUUCCAGAAAAAUGCGAAUAUAACGGAGUUUCUUUACAAAACCACGACGGAGAUUCAAUUUCUAAAUCUACAUUAUUUAUUGAAUUCAAAGCUACAUACACAGCUCUACUUCUUACUCAGGCGUCUUUAGAUCAACAAUCUGAAAGAUCGAUUCAAAGAUUUUUAGGAAAAUAUACAUUAAAAGACGCGUUCAUUUUAUUACAUAGAGCUUGGUUACAAGUCACCACAGAAUCGUUUUCGACUUGUUGGAAAAAUUGUACAUAUACAUCAGCAAUGAAAGGUAUUAUUUUGGGUGUACAGUGGUUAGCUCAUGAUCUUGGACUGGAAGUAUCAGAUGACGACAUGCUGGUUUGGAUUUUAUCUAAUCCUGUGGAAGUCACUGAGCCGGAAAAUUUAUCUACAGACUCCGAGGACAUUGAAAUUCCACCUUCUGCUACGCAAACCGUGGAUUAUCUAAAAAAGGCGUUAUUAUGGGUCGAGACUCAACCACUUGAACCGUCGUUUGUUAUUGCGAUAAGGGACUUGAUAACUUAUGCUAAACAGGCACGUAUUGUAUGCGCUAUCACUACAUCUUACAAUUUCAAAACGAGCAAAAAAUGUAUUUUCAAACGAUGCUGGCACGUAAAAUGGUUUAUUAUUUUUUAUAUUAAAAUAUAAAUCAAACUUUUUUUGACAAAUAUCGUUUUUGGUUGAAAGAUUUGUCUGUUUA